UGAGCUGCGGGUGACAUGCGAGGGUGAACGCUCUCAUCUUCUAUACUAGCUCUUCUGAAAGUGAGAAGUUCAGACUCUGCAGACCACACUGAGAAGAUGACUCUCUUGCUCCCAGCUCCGAUCCUCACCCUUACUGUACAUUUGGAGAAAUUAUGAACUAUCACAGGUCUGCUGCUGUAUAUAGGAACCCAUUAACCAUGGAGACAUUGGCUUCUCGGAGGGGCCUGUUGUACAUUGUGGCCAUUUUUUUUCUUGCGAUGAGUUUGGUGGAUGGAAACAGUCCAUCGUGUACACUUACAAUAAACAUGGAAGGAUCCCAAAAGUUUGCCAAAUCACCAGGGCAGUCUCUGAGCAUAAAGUAUUCGUUGCGGCUCUGUAACGAGGGAUUACCCAAUGUUUCUUGCUGUAAAUUAAUCAAAGAACAAUGUGAUUUCGUGAGAAACGGGAUUGACUCUAGUCUGGAGGAGAAGAAAGAAGGCAGCGCUGUCUAUGUUCUGAGGUUUGACUCCGUACAGAUGAACGACACUGGAUAUUAUAGAUGUAGAGCCCAAUUUAAGAAGCAGCAGAUAGUGGGCAAAACAAUACAAGUUCUUGUAUCUGGUGAACAUGUGGCUGAAAAUAUUACAGCUAUAAAUACCACAGAGACAGAAAAUAUCACUUAUUUUCAGAACUUUACAUUGUUGUUAUACAUCGUAUCAUCCAUGGGAGGUGUCUGUGUUCUUGUUAUCGUCGUCUCCUUGCUGAUUCACUGUCAAAAACAUUUCAAAUUAAAACAGAGGUCAUCAUUUCAAGACCCUGCACCUACUGAAGAGCUAAAAUUUGUGGCCGUGACAGGAAGUCCAAAGAACUGUCCACAGGGAGGGACUCCAACUCUAAAGGACUCAGACCCAGCUGCAGUAACCGUUGAGGUUACAUAUGACAAUGCCCAUAUGGGUUACAAGUCCACCACACAGAAUGUUCCAGGACCAGAUGAAGAAGACUCCAUUGUCUAUGCUGAUCUAAAACACAAUGCCAAAAACACAGGUUUCCAGUUUGAGGGCGACGUUGAAGUUGAAUAUGCCGUAGUACAUUUGAACAAGGACCGAAAAUAUGAUUUGUAAGAAAUGAGACAAUUAGACGUCCUUACAUCUAAAUAAUGAGGUCAGACAUGUUUUUCGAAGAUGGACGGUGGUAAUUUUUCUAGCUUGGUUGUCAUUGGCCUACUGGUGUUCACCGUCAAUGUUCAUAGCUAUGGUCUACCAGAACCCAUAGAAAUGAGAACAAUACUCUGAGACAUGAAUUCUUUAUGCAAAUGAAUAUUUCUAGUGGCCUACAUUUUUGUAGGACCAGGAGAUCUUCUACAGCAAUAUACUGGUUAUACAUGGUUAUGCAAUGUACAGUUGUUUUAUUCCAACAAGAGCUUUCCUAUAAAUGUACAUCACCAAUGAGGGUAAAUUGUUUCUCAAACUUUCUGAAAGCCUGGGUUGUAUCUAUUAUGGCCAAGUGUCGUGUUUUGAUUUGGCUUGGAGUUUCUGACUUUGAAAUGUUAUAUAAGAUAAAGGUUCAUUAAUAAGAGAUAGAGUUGCUGCUGAACGAGGUUUUCUUGGGGUUGCUGUAAGUUGUAGCACUCAUCAAUUUUUAGAAUAAUCGAUGAACCUUUCUUGGGCUGUUUGGGGCUCCUUGAAUGUCUUAAAUUAUGCACAUUUUGAAGGAUGGUGCUUUCUUGCUCAGGCCAUUGGAAUCAGUGGUUCUUCUGAAGAAAAUAUCCAGAAGACUCCAAAAAGUAUAGAUGAGGGUUAGGUGCAGAGAAUGAAUCCUUUAGUAUUGGAAUAGGAUCCCAACUUAUGGACUCUACUUAGGAUGAGGUGCCAAGUUUAGACAUUUCUAAAUGUGUCUUUAAUUUUUUUUACCGAAAUACAGUGAAUAUAAAUGUCUUAUAUUAUGGACAGCACUGCCAAUAUAUACUGCUAAUUGAUUAUAUAAUUGCGUACAACAGGAAAAUGUUUGAUGCUCUUCACUCAACAUGAAUGUUCAACUUAGCUAUCAUGCAAUGCAUCAGCAAUCCUUUCCUACUGAUUUCAAACUUGUUAAAAUUGGUUAAUCAAAACUGGAUAAGUUAUCUCAACCCAAAAUCAUGGGGGCCAUGUCUACUUGAGCUACUGUAUGAUGGACAAGGAUGUAAUAUCUCAUAGAAGACCAGAUCAAAGUCAUUAAAUGCUCCAGAGCAACAAAAUAUAUGGACCCUUUCCACGAGCACUGCCUCCUCUUCAAACAACUGAUCAGCGGGGAGCCGGUAUUCGAACCCCCGCCAAUCUGAUAUUGAUGAGUUUUCCUGAGGAUGGGUCUUCAAUAGUAAAAAGGAGACAGCCUUUUUAACAUCCUGUGGUGCCUUCAAGAAACUUGACUCAUGGAGAAUUGGUGGUUCUCUUAAAACAAGCUCCUCUCCAUGGUCUCAUCGCACGUGGUAUGGAUGCGUUAGUGGAGACCUCUGGGAUUUUUACCCAUUUUAUAAAGAUGCCAUGAUCUUGUACUUCCCGACAAAUUUUGUGUUUUUGUGAAAAUGUUUUACUACCAAGUAAAAUGCUGCUCAGCAUCUCAUAUGGUGUCUCCAGUAUAUAAUGGACAACAUGUAAACACUGCCUGAGAUUAAAUCCAACACAUGUUUCUGUAAUAUCUGUGUAUAUAGAGAGGUAUAAGUAGUCCUUUACCUGGUACAAAUUAAGUGAUCAAAAUGAUUGUAAUCGUAUAAAAUGAACAAUAAGAACAUGAUUGUAAAGUAUAUGCCAGAUCAUUAAAAGAUAUUCAC